CGGCAGCAGUUAGCUGACUGCGGCUAGCCUCCUGUCACUUUGGGUCGGUUGAUGAUCAGGUUAUCGGGGCUGGAAACAGAUAAUUCGGCCGCUUUUCUCCCUCUCUGCGUUUCUUUGGUUCCAGACAGAAUGAUGCUCCGUGUCCGGGUGCUCCUGGGCCGGUCCUGGAGGGGGUUUAAAACAUGGCCCAGUGCCGCCGUGGAGGUGAAGAAUGAACCCAUUCUGGGCUUUCAGAAAGGGAGUCCAGAACGUGCUGAGCUGCAGAAGGCUCUGGACAACCUGAAAGGGAAGACCGAGGAGAUCCCCUGUGUGGUUGGAGAUGAACAUGUGUGGACCAAAGACCUCAGAUACCAGCUGUCUCCCUUCAACCACUCACACAAGGUGGCUAAGUUCUGUUAUGCUGACAAGGAGCUGAUCAAUAAGGCCAUCCAGGCCUCGGUGGCAGCUCGGAAGGAGUGGGACCUGAAACCCGUCCAGGACCGGGCCCAGAUCCUAUUCAAGGCUGCCGAUAUCAUCAGCGGACCCAAGAGAGCAGAGAUCGUGGCCAAGACCAUGAUUGGACAGGGUAAGACGGUGGUUCAGGCCGAGAUCGACGCUGCCGCGGAGCUCAUCGACUUCUUCAGAUUCAACGCCAAACACGCCAUCGAGCUGGAGUCCCAGCAGCCAAUCAGCACGAAGGAGAGCACAAACACCACGCUGUACCGAGGCCUUGAGGGCUUCAUAGCAGCUGUGGCGCCGUUUAACUUCACGGCCAUCGGAGGCAACCUGGCAGGGACCCCUGCUCUCAUGGGUAACGUGGUUCUGUGGAAACCCAGUGACAUGGCCGUCUCCGCGAGCUACGCGGUCUACAGAGUUCUGCGUGAGUGCGGUCUGCCCCCCAACAUCAUCCAGUUCCUGCCCGCUGACGGUCCCGUGUUUGGAGAUGCCGUCACCUCCUCCGAACACCUGGCAGGGAUCAACUUCACCGGCAGCGUGCCGACCUUCAAGCGUCUGUGGAAGCAGGUGGCCCAGAACCUGGACAUCUACAGGACGUUUCCCCGCCUGGGCGGAGAGUGCGGAGGGAAGAACUUCCACUUCGUGCACUCGUCCGCAGACGUCCAGAGCGUGGUGAUGGGGACGGUGCGCUCGGCCUUCGAGUAUGGAGGGCAGAAGUGCUCGGCGUGCUCCAGGAUGUAUGUUCCUGACAGCACGUGGCCGCAGAUCAGAGAGCAGCUGCUGGACGUGCACAGGAACAUCCGAGUUGGAGACCCUGUGGAGGACUUCAGCGCCUUUUUCUCUGCAGUUAUAGAUGAUAAGUCCUUUGCUCGCAUAAAGAGAUGGUUGGACCACGCCAAGUCCUCCCCGAACCUCAGCAUCAUCGCAGGAGGACACUGUGAUGAUCGCAAAGGUUACUUUGUGGAGCCGACUGUCAUCGUGACCAAAGACCCUCAGGACCCCAUCAUGAACGAGGAGAUCUUUGGCCCGGUCCUCACUGUCUACGUCUAUCCAGAGAAGAACUACCAGGAAGUUCUGCGGCUGGUUGACAGCACGUCACCGUACUCUCUUACAGGAUCCGUGUUCGCCCACGAUCAGAAGGUGAUCGACGAGGCCUCCAGAGUCCUGAGGAACGCUGCAGGGAACUAUUACGUGAACGAUAAAUCCACUGGAUCCAUCGUGGCUCAGCAGCCGUUUGGAGGAGCCAGAGCUUCAGGCACGAACGACAAACCUGGAGGUCCUCAUUACGUCCUGAGAUGGACGUCUCCUCGGGUGGUGAAGCACACUCAUGUCCCCCUCACAGAGUGGAAGUACCCAUACAUGGGCUGAGGGACCAUCUGUCCAUCUGCUGGUCCACACAUCUGUCAGACUCUCCAUCCAUCAUCUCUCUCCUCCUCUUCCUCCCCAUCAGUCAUCUAAAACAGACCUCAGAUGUCCUCUUGGUCUUCAUCUCUGCCUGUCCCUCUGAAGCUGGACGUCCAUCAGACAGAGCAGAGAAAUGUCCUCUGAGAGACGGUCUGUCUCUGUGUCUCUAAACCAGUCGAUCUGUUUCCGUCCAGACAAAAAUGUUUGUCUCUAAACAGAGUGAGCUGAUAACUGGAUCGGGUCAGAACCACUGAUGGACUUUUAGAAUGUUUCUGUUGUCGUGACUCAGUCUGAUGCUCAUUCAAAAUUAAUAAAACAUUUUAAUCAGUAACAAAAA